AUGCUUGGAGUAGAUAUAGACCCCGCCCGUAUUUCUGAUGCAUAUUGGCACUUGAGAAAAAUUUUGAGAGAGCAUUCUGGGAGUAGUAGUACAAAGAUCUUCAAGGAGGAGGUCAAAGAGAAAUUGAAUGCUUCCAAGCUAAUUGCACAUGUUGUACCAAGAGAUGACAAGGAGACCAAGAAAGACUCAUCAUUUUCCGAGACAAGAAAUCUGUUUGAUGUAGUUUCCUUCAGACAAGAAAAUUUUGUUGACAGUCGGCACUCCCAUGAGAAGCAGUAUGAUACUAUUCUAUGUUUGAGUGUAGCAAAGUGGAUUCACCUGAACUGGGGAAAUGAUGGGUUGAUUACCCUAUUUUCUAAAGUGUGGAAACUACUUGUCCCGGGUGGCACUUUUAUAUUGGAGCCACAGCCUUGGGAUUCGUAUAAGAAGAACUACCAAGUCUCCAAGACUGCUGCUGAACAUUACAGAAACAUCAUGUUUCCCCCAGACAGCUUUCGGGAAAUUCUACUUGACAAGAUUGGUUUCAGAUCCGUGGAGGACCUUACUGCAGGAUUGGCAGGGAGUAAAACGGGGUUCAACAGGCCCAUUUUUGCAUUCCACAAGUGA